AUGGCGGGCACCGGCACCCUCACACCGCCGCUGUUCGUGGCGCUCGCCUCCUAUGCCUCGUGGCUGGUGCUGUUCCUCUUUGGCCACAUGCGCGACUUUUACCGCAAGAAAAUCUGGGGCGGGCGCAGCGCCGCCAAGCAGAAGGAGGGGUAUGCUCCCAUUCGCCAGGACUAUGAGGACUUUUACACUCGCCGCAUGUAUUACCGCAUCCACGACACCUUCAACCGCCCCAUCUGCUCCGCGCCAGACGCCUGGAUCGACGUCAUGCGGCGCACGCCGGUGGACGGCCAGAAGCCGCUGCGGCUGACGGGCUCCUCGCAGCGCUGCCUCAACCUGGGCUCCUACAACUACCUGGGCUUUGCAGCCCAGGACGAGUACUGCACCCCGCGGGUGGAGGCCGUGCUGGACAGCCUGGGCUGGGCCGCCUCGGCGCCGCGCUCCGACGGCGGCACCACGCCGCGCCACGCGGAGCUGGAGCGGCUGGUGGCCGAGUUCCUGGGCAAGGAGGCGGCCAUCACGUGCGGCAUGGGCUUUGCCACCAACUCCGCCUUCAUCCCGCUGCUGGCGGGCAGGGGUACGCUGGUGGUUAGCGACGCGCUCAACCACUCCUCCAUCGUGGCAGGGGUGCGCGGCUCGGGCGCCAAGGUCAAGGUGUUUGACCACAACGAGCCCGCCCACCUGGAGGCCGUGCUGCGGGCCGCCAUCGCAGAGGGGCAGCCCCGCACGGGGCGCGCCUGGAAGAAGAUUGUGAGCGGCGGCGGCGGCGGCAUGCGGGGUGUGGUGAUCAUCGAGGGCAUCUACUCGAUGGAGGGGGAGAUGGCGCGGCUGCGGGAGAUUGUGGAGAUCAAGAAGAAGUACAAGGCCUACCUCUAUCUGGACGAGGCGCACUCCAUCGGCGCGCUGGGCCCCGGCGGCCGCGGCGUGUGCGAGCAGCUGGGCGUCGACACGGCCGACAUCGACGUCAUGAUGGGCACCUUCACCAAGUCCUUUGGCUCCUGCGGUGGCUACAUCGCGGGCAGCGCGGAGCUGGUGCAGUUCCUGCGCUGCCAGUGCCCCGCCCACCUGUACGCCACCGCCAUGUCGCCGCCGGCCGUGGAGAUGGUCAUCUCAGCCUUCCACGUGAUUUCGGGGCGGGACGGGUCUGGGCGCGGUGCCGCCAAGAUCGGGCAGCUGCGCGCCAACGCCAACUACUUCCGCCGCCGCCUGCUGGAGCUGGGGUACAACGUGCUGGGAGACUGGGACUCUCCCGUGAUGCCCAUCAUGCUGUUCAACCCCGCCAAGCUCCCCGCCAUCUCCCGAUACAUGCUGCGCCGCGGGCUGGCCAUCGUGGUGGUGGGCUUCCCGGCCACCCCGCUGCUGACGGCGCGCAUGCGGGUCUGCAUCUCCGCUUCCCACACCAAGGCAGACCUGGACUAUGCGCUGGAGGUGUUUGAGGAGGUGGCGGGCAGGUGCCACCUGCGCUACUGCGACAGGGCGACGGCACUGCGGCACGUGGCCGCCUACCAGGCGCGCGCCAACCUCAUCAAGGCCUGA